UGCAGGGGCCUUUGUGCCGGUGCAGAGCAUCUCAGGAGUCUGUCCCAGCCUCCUGAGAAGAGCAGUGCGGGAACUCCGUGCUUCCUCCGGCGCCCAAAAAGAAAGGGAAGAAAGGCAAAACCAAAGGCACCCCUGUUGUUGAUGGGCUCCCACCAGAGGACAUGACCAAGGAGCAGGGUGCCUCACCUGAUGCCCUGUGCCUGAUCAGGUGGAAGAGCAUGUCAACCGUAUCAGGGAGGAGCUGGACCGUGAGCGGGAGGAGCGCAACUACUUCCAGCUGGAGCGAGACAAGAUCCAUACCUUCUGGGAGAUCACACGGAGGCAGCUGGAGGAGAAGAAGGCUGAACUGCGAAACAAAGACCGUGAGAUGGAGGAGGCUGAGGAGAAGCACCAGGUGGAGAUCAAGGUAUACAAGCAGAAGGUGAAGCACCUGUUGUAUGAGCACCAGAACAACCUGGCGGAGGUGAAGGCCGAGGGCACUGUGGUCAUGAAGCUGGCCCAGAAGGAGCACCGCACGCAGGAGAGUGUACUGCGCAAGGACAUGCGGUCGCUGAAGGUGGAGCUCAAGGAGCAGGAGCUGGCCAACGAGGUGGUGGUGAAGAACCUGCGUUUGAAACAUGCCGAAGAGAUAACCAAGAUGCGGAACGACUUUGAGAGACAAGUUCGAGAAAUUGAAAGCAAGUAUGAUAAGAAGAUGAAGAUGCUCAGAGAUGAGCUUGACCUGCGGAGGAAGACUGAGAUCCAUGAAGUGGAAGAGCGGAAGAAUGGCCAGAUCAACACGUUGAUGCAGCGUCAUGAGGAGGCCUUUACUGACAUCAAGAACUACUAUAACGACAUCACUCUCAACAAUCUGGCCCUCAUCAAUUCCCUCAAGGAGCAGAUGGAGGACAUGCGGAAGAAGGAAGAGCACCUGGAGAGGGAGAUGGCAGAGGUGUCCAUGCAGAACAGGCGCCUAGCAGACCCUCUGCAGAAGGCAAAGGAUGAGAUGAAUGAGAUACAGAAGAAGCUUGGGAACUAUGAAAGGGACAAGGAGAUCCUCAUUUGCACGAAAGCACGAUUGAAAGUUACUGAGAAGGAGCUGAAAGAUCUGAAGUGGGAACAUGAAGUGCUGGAGCAGCGGUUCAUCAAGGUGCAGCAAGAGAGGGAUGAGCUCUACCAGAAGUUUACUGCAGCCAUCCAGGAGGUGCAGCAGAAGACAGGCUUCAAGAACUUGGUACUGGAACGUAAGCUGCAGGCACUGAAUGCUGCUAUGGAGAAGAAAGAGGUGCAGUUCAAUGAGGUGCUGGCAGCCUCCAACCUGGACCCUGCAGCGCUGACGCUUGUGUCCCGCAAACUCGAGGAUGUUCUGGAAUCGAAGAACACCACCAUCAAAGACUUGCAGUAUGAGCUGGCCCGGGUCUGCAAGGCCCACAACGACCUGUUGCGUACAUAUGAGGCGAAGCUGCUGGCCUUUGGGAUCCCCUUGGACAAUAUGGGGUUCAAGCCCCUGGAGACGGCUGUGAUUGGACAGACACUGGGUCAGGGCCCUGCUGGACUCGUGGGUACUCCAACCUAGCUACCCUCCUGCGCGGUAGCCCUCAGAGCUAGCUUUCCUCUCCAGAUGACUCCUCUUCCGACCAAAGAUAGCAAGGCUUUGUAUUAUAGAUUCUUCAUCAGCAAUGAAAGCUUUUCCAUAAUUCCCCUGUGUUCUCUGUCUCUGGGGAAGAAAUGCUUACAAGGCCUCUGCCCAGGCAUUCCUGUUUGCUUGUUCUCCUGAGUGCUGCCUGUUUCGGUCACACCCGCCACCCCGAAUCCUGCCUCUGAUCUCUACAGCUCCUUCUCUGAGGGCCCCUUUAAACCUAACCUCCCCACCAAGAAGAUGACCUAGUGUCCUUAAUGAGCAUGAAUUCCAUGCUGUGGAGUUGGAUGGGCAGCUCAGCCCGGAAAAGGGACUGCAGAUGGCCCCCUUUGGGCCAGGCUGUGCUCAAGCUUCUCCACAAGUAUGUGGGAACAGAGGCUCAGCAGAAGAGGUGAAACUUGUGGGUUUCCUUUGUGAUGGUAAAAAGCUGAGAGAAGCAGAGAAAGCUGGAAGACAACAGCACAGGAGAUGUUUGGUGCCAGUACUCUCUGCGAAAAUUCAAGGAGAUGACUGCCAGACAUGCUGCCCCCAUUUUGUGACAAAUGCCCAUGCCAGAGACCAGAAGUAACAGGAAGGCCUCCUGCACACCAGUUACAUGAGUUGGCCACACACCUGCGUGUCCUGGAGCUAACACCCUCCUGCCUAUCAUUCAUAAGGUCAGUCCAAUCCCUGCAACAAAUACAAUUUGGGCCCAUUCCAGAAAAUCCAGAGACCAGUUUACAUGUGGCUCAGAAAGUUCUUAUAAUCAAAAUAUAUCAACAUGUUAUAUAUUUCUCUAGUUUUUCAAUUCUAAUUAUAAUGGAUUUUCACAAAGCCCCUAAACCACCAUGUAAAACACACUGAGGAGUAAAUAAACAGAUGUGUUCAUU